AGAUCAAACCCUGAAGUGUUCGCAGGGAUAGGGUGGGGGGCAGGGGAGGCUCCGAAGUGGCAGUGCCCGUUGGGUUGUGUUCCUUCUCCUUUGCUCCCUCUUUCUCGAUUUCUUUCCUUCCUCGGUGUCCCCGCUCUCUUCCCCCUCUGCGGGGGCUCCCUGGCGCACGCCGUUCCCGCCGAGCCGCUGGGAGCGCGCGGCCCCUUUAAGAGCCCAGCUUUGCCUCCCGGUAGCUGAAGGUCAUUAAACACAAAAGCUCUCCAGCGCUGCGGUCCAAUAUAGCGCAUGCGCCCUGCCCGAGGACUGGCAGGCAGGCAGGGAGGGAGACGGCAAUAUGGCGAGAAUGCCUGGCAGCGGAGGCGGCCGAGGAGAGUGGGGCAGCCACGGAGAGCGGGGGGGCGGCGGCGGAGGAGGAGAGAACAAUGCGGGGGACCGGCAGCCCGGACGAGGGGGCCCCCAGCGGGCCCUCCACUAUUGCAGCGCCGGAGAGGACGAGGACGGGGAGGACGAGGACGAGAUCCAGGAGGUGCAGAUAACGGGGGACGAGGAGGACGAAGAGGAGGAGGAGGAGGGAGCGGAUGGCGGGAUCUUACUCCUGGAUGAGGAGGAGGAGGAAGAAGAAGAAGAGGAGGAGGAGAUGAUGAUGGGGCUGGCAUGGGACGGCGAGGAGGAGCCGGGCCAUAUGAUCCGUAUGGACCGAGGCAGGGCGGGCAGAGUAGUCCGGGGGGCAGGCGGCAGCGGCCUUGGCGGCGUCGGGGCUUCGGCCGGGGGCGCUCCUCCUCUCUCCUCCUCGUCCUCUUCGUCUUCCUCCGGAGGCAAAGCGGGCCCCGCGGCGGAGGACUGGGAGGCGGAGGCGGAGCUGCUCCUUCCCGCGCGGCCGGAGCGGGCCCGGCUGAGCGAGAACACGCGGCUGGCCACCCGCUACGCGGUGCGCAUCUUCCGCGAGUACCUGAGCGAGAAGGCGCAGAGCCCGGACUUCGAGACGCUGGACAAGGGGCAGCUGUGCCGCGUGCUGCGCUCCUUCUACGCCGAGGCGCGCUCCAAGAGCGGGCAGCUCUACUCCAAGUCCUCGCUCAUCAGCAUCCGCAGCUCGCUCAACCGCUACCUCAACGAGCCGCCCUACUGCCGCACCCUGGACCUCACCAAGGACCCCGAGCUGCGCGCCGCCAACCUCACGCUGGCCGCCGUCAUCCGCAAGCUGGAGGAGCAGGGCGCCGGGCCCGUGGUGCAGAAGCAGGCCAUCACGCGCGCCGACCUCCGCAAGCUCUACACCUGCAGCGUCUUCUCCGCCCGCAGCCCCUUCGGCCUCCUCAACAAGGUCUGGUUCGAGACCUGCAUGUACUUCUGCACGCGCGGGCGCGAGAACCAGCGCGAGCUCGAGGAGGACUCCUUCGGCCUGGCCCUCGACGAGGACGGGCGCCGCUUCGUCUACUUCAAGGCCCUGGGGCCCUACCACAAGUCCCGCUCCUCGGCCUGGAGCAAGAAGCGCGCCGAGGGCGGCGGAGGGGGAGGAGCGGGAGGAGCGGGAGGCGGGCACCACGGCGCCGCCACCGACGAGGAGAACCUGCCGCGGAUGUACGAGACCGGCACGGAGUUCUGUCCUUACGCCAGCUUCGUCAAGUACCUGGCCAAGCGCAACCCGCUCUGCAAGGCCUUCUUCCAGCGGCCGCGGGACCACUGCGGUGAGGCCGACGCCACCUGGUACGAGAACAAGGCCAUCGGGAAGAACCUGCUCGGGACCCGCAUGCAGAUGCUCUCCAAGGCCGCCAAGCUCUCCAAGACCUACACCAACCACUGCAUCGGCGCCGUCUCCAUCGCCACCCUCAACAGCAUCGCCGGCAUCGGCACCAAGCUGCCCUCCGCCCCGCUAUCCGCGGCCGGAGGAGUCGGAGCGGGAGGAAGCUACGCCCCCAACGGCCGGGCCCGCCCUUCGCCGCUGCCCCCAACCACCAACGCCUCCUACCUGCUCCCCAAAGACGGCGAGGCCCUGGGGAAGCGCCCCCUCCACGAGGCCGCCCUCUACGCGGCCGGGGGAGAGGCCUGCGGGCCCUCCUCGUCCCCCAAGAGGCGCUGCCUGAGGCCCGACGAGCCCCUCGACCACGCCGCCUCCGUGGUGGUGGUCUCCGUCAAGCACGACCCCCUCCCGCUCCUCCUCCCCGAAGCCAAUGGGCACCCAGGCCCCAACUCGCCCGCCGUCCUCUCGCCCGCGCUGGUCUCCCCCCCACAGGACAGUCGGCCCAAUAUGUCAAGACCUCUGAUCACUAGGUCCCCUGCAUCUCCUUUGAACAAUCAAGGCAUUCCCACGCCAGCACAACUCACAAAAUCCAAUGCACCGGUACAUAUUGACGUGGGUGGGCACAUGUAUACCAGCAGCUUGGCCACACUUACUAAAUAUCCUGAUUCCAGAAUUGGGAGGCUUUUCGAUGGCACGGAGCCCAUUGUUUUGGACAGCCUGAAGCAGCAUUACUUCAUCGACAGGGAUGGCCAAAUGUUCAGAUACAUCUUGAAUUUUCUACGAACAUCAAAACUCCUCAUACCAGAUGAUUUCAAGGACUACAGUUUGCUAUAUGAAGAAGCAAAGUAUUUUCAGCUUCAGCCCAUGCUGGGUGAAAUGGAAAGGUGGAAACAGGAUCGGGAGACAGGCCGGUUUUCCAAAUCCUGUGAAUGUCUGGUUGUGCGAGUUGCUCCAGAUCUCGGGGAGAGGAUUACUUUGAGCGGUGACAAGUCCUUGAUAGAAGAGGUUUUCCCAGAAAUUGGUGAUGUGAUGUGCAAUUCGGUGAAUGCAGGUUGGAAUCAUGAUUCGACACAUGUAAUCAGAUUUCCUUUAAAUGGAUAUUGUCAUCUUAAUUCAGUUCAGGUACUUGAGAGGUUGCAACAAAGAGGGUUUGAAAUUGUUGGCUCGUGUGGUGGAGGCGUGGACUCUUCCCAGUUCAGUGAAUAUGUACUUAGGCGAGAACUCAGACGGACAUCUCGUUCAUCCUCUGUCAUUCGAAUAAAGCAAGAGCCUCUGGACUAAGGACAAUUUUUUCUUAUGCAACAGCAACAAAAAAGAGGGACUUCUUUUAUGUGCAUAUGGGACACCAAAAGAGCCCUGGAGCAAAAAACUGAAUAAAGACACAUUUAUAUCAAAUAUAGAGACCACACCUGUAUUCAUAUGGGGGCAUUUGGAAAGUAAUAAUAACCUCAAGGUGUAAAAUAUGUAUAUGUGAAAUGUUAGAAAUGCAAAAAGAAAAAAUGCUAACAAUGGUAGAUGAGGUUGGUGCUGUGAUGGCCAUUAAGUGUCCUAGGCCUUCGCUAGGCCUGAUAUAACAAUACAGAAGCCAUUGCCAUUAGAGGAAGGCCCACAAUUCUUUUUUAUUUCCCAUUGCCAAAUGGCAACAUGACUUUCAGUGCAUACACCCUGAAUAAUGUUUGCAGACAUAUGUCUUAGAAGUGACUGGGCACAACUCCAGAAGAUAUCCAUCCAUUGCAUAAAGGUCAUGGACAGCAGUUUUUAAUGUAGCUUGUAUGGAAGGCAUGUACUUCUGUCCACCUGACAGAUGUGAAGAUUUGUCUUCCUUUUUAUCAUUUUUUUAUUUUACAAAGGAGCCAGAAUUUUGUUACUACUUAGUUAGAUGUGAUUUGGUUUGAGUCUGGUGUUCUCAUAUGUUUUCCCCAAAGAACACGGUAAUAUAUGAAGCACAAUAAAUUCUGCUAAAACAUCCAGUCUCCAGCCAAGACUCGCCCAAAAAUGUUAAAUAAAUUUUUUUAAAAGUCAAGGUUAACAUUAGCUUUUACCUUGUUUUAUUAUGCAUUUGAUAUGUUUAUUGGAUGUAUGUGGUGUUGAAUUCUGUGUGCAAAGAAAAAAAUAUGAAGGCAUGAGGGACCUAAGGAAAGGUGAUUACUAUAUUUUUAGUACCUAGUGCAAAAAUGGUUUGGAUUCUCCUCUUGGUGCCCCUUUCUCUCCUUAAUUGAUUCUGUUUGGAAAAAGCGAUCAUUCUGAAAAAAGAUCUUGCUGCCAGCCAUGGCCGUUUCUUUUGGUAAAGCAGUUAAAUGCAAUUCUGUACAAUUAUCUUUAACUAUUUUAAUGCUACGCAAGAUAAUUUUAUUAGUGUCCAUAAAAUUAGUCCCUUGAAAUUUACACUCAAUUUUUCUUUUCCUUCCCUUAGUGAAAUACUUUUUUAAAUAACUCAGAUUCAGAGAAACUUUCACUCUCCAUACAUUUUGGACUUCACUUUCAGAAGGACAAAUAUUUCCCAGCCCUGACCUAAGUUAUUGUUAUCUUAGGAGGAAGGCAUGUCCUUCAAACAUGGAGUAAUAGUAUGCAAUUGAAAUUCUACUAACUCUGUAUCCAAGGGGAAAUUUUAAAUUUACAGCUCAAUUCUGACUAGCUGUAAGGUGGUUAGGGUUAGGUAGAAAUCCCUACUAGAAGCAGAAAUAUUCUUCCUUGGACAGAGUUCUCUCCUAUCAGGUGCUUUCAGAAAUCUGAUAGGAAAGCACUCUAAGAUCUGACUGAGAGCCCUUCCAGACAGGCCCUGUAUCCCAGGAUCUGGUCCUAGGUUGUCUGCUUUAAACUGGAUUAUAUGAGUCCAUGCUUCCAGAUAAUCUGGGAUAAACAGAAAACCUGGGAUCAGAUCUUGGGAUAUAUGGCCUGUCUGGAAGGGCCCUGAGAUCUUAUGAUGGAAGUGCCAAAAUGGUUGGGUCAAAUUAUAUUAGAUCCAAACCUUCUUCAGGCCUAGACAUAACCACAGUCUGUUGUGGUGUGCCUUCAAGUCAUUUGUGACUUAUGGUGACCCUAAGGCGAAUCUAUCGCAGGGUUUUCUGGAGGUGAAGGUAUCUGACUCACUCAGUGUCACCCAGUGGGUUUCCAUGGCCAAGUGUGCAAUCGAACCCUGGUCUCCAGAGUAAAAGUUCAAUGUUCAAACCACUAUAUCACAACCCACAUUACAGGUUAUUAUUAUACCUGAGUGAGGUAAGACCAUAGUAAUUUCCAAGAUCCCUAGUGUAAAGUUGUCAUAUGACAUUCAAAAUAGGUUCAACAGAUCCUUGCCCAUGUUGGCCCUUAAUUAUGUUGUUAAUCUCCAAAAAUAUUACCAUUUUUUAAAAUAAAGUUCUACUCACUGCCUUAUAAGAGACAUACAUGCUUAAUCAAUGAAAGAUCUGAAUAACUGCUGGUGUUUGGAUAAAAUGCUCGAUAAAAUGGUAAUUCUUUUAACCUAGAGAUGUGCUGAAAGGGUAGACAGAGUAAAUAUGAUUUUAAAUCUGUAAAUGAAGAUACUAGCAAUAUGCAGUAUUGCUGAAUUUCAAGCAUUGUUCAAUAAUUGGGAUUCUAAUACAAACAAAUAGUUUGGAUUUUGAAAAUGUAAGUGCAUUUUUAUUUUAUUUUGUUUUGCACUAAGGUGAAAUGGAAGGAGUGAGAAUUCUGGAAAUGCUGCGUUUUUUUUUAAUUCUCAAACAAUAGAAAAAAAUCUGCAAAUAUGUAAAAAAAAGUAGUGUUAAAAUACCAUAUCUGUACUUAACACUGAUCAUUAUGUUCACUAGACUAACAUUUCCAAAAAUCUGAAUUUGAAGGGGAGCAAUUCUUGUAAAACUAUCCCAUGCUUUAAGUAGGAGCAUACAGAUUAAUACAUGGUUCUGAACUCUGCCUGGGAUAUUUAAUAAAAGGACUCCAGUCACAGGUAUUGCUGCAAAGAUGAUCUUCCCUUUUAUAAAUGCUGCUGGUUAAUGUAAUUGUGGUUUUAGUAUUGCAUUUAAUAAGAUCUGGAGCCCUUUCGAAGUAAUUCCAUCGCCUUGCUCCUUUCUAAAUCUUUGGAUAGUCAGAAAACACUUCACUGAAUGUUAUUUUAUGAAUUGAAUCACAAAUGAUGGAGGUCUAAAAUGUUAAUGACAUUGUAUUCUUUAGUCAGGAAAUCUGGCGUAGUGGAUUGGAUAAAACAGAUGCAAGGCUAGAGAAAACAUAGACUUUUAGGUGUGACUGAUUAGCCCUAUACAAAGAAAGCAGAAUCUUUUAAUGAUCUGUUAAAUGUCAUUUAUGAAAUCAGAUUGAUAGAUACAAGCAAUAAAUAUAUUGAAUAAGAAUAAAACAGAUGACAAACAACUCUCUUUUUACAGGUUAAUUAUAUUGUAAUGCACUGUAGUUGUAAUUUAGCUACUUUAAAAUAUAUAUAUCUGCAUUUUAUGCCAUCAGUGGGUGCUGUAUUUUGCUGUAAUGCAUGGAAAAAUGGAAAGGAACAGCCACUGCCAAACACGGUGUUCUCUGUCAACAUGAUUAAGUGGUAGCAAAGGGACUGCUGGGAACAUAUACUGGAAAUGCCAUGCAACAUGACCUUCCUCAAUGUAAAAAAAUGUGGCUUGAGGUGAAAAUGAAACUAGCUUCCACAGGCAUAUUGAGGCAUUGUUGCUUAUAUCGGUUAUCAAUGCAUUUUUACCAAUACAAAUACCUCUUUCUA